AUGGAUGAUACUCUAUGUCAAAAAUUUGAUCUUUUGAGGAUGCAUUUACCCGCUAAAUUAGGCGGAACCGCAAUAUAUAAUAUAGAAAAUAUUAGUAAUUUCGAUAAUUACUGCCCUAAUAGAAACUGCAACACUGAUCUUGAAAAAAUUACGAUUGGAUUUUUAUGGUUACUUGAACAUUGUUAUUCUAUGUCCAAAAAUAAAAGUCAUGAUAUAAAUAGUAUUAAUGCAUUUUUUCUACAUAUGAUUUCAUGGUUUGGUUACCAAUUAAAUCAAAAGUUAGAGCAUAGUUCCACCCAUAUAAACGAUUUUUAUGAUAAAAAUAUAAAAAAUAAUCAUAAAUAUAGUAAAUUUACACAUGAUGCCUAUACAAUUGGAGAUCUUAAGGAUUUCAUGGAUAAACGAAAUGAUUUUCUGAAUAUUAAUAUUGAAGAUCUGUCUAAAUUUUAUGAUGCAUUCAAAUUAUUAUGUAAUAUUUAUGGUAAUGUUGCAAAGAAUCAAACAAGCGACAUACUGUUAAAUAAUGCGAAUGGUUUUGUUAAAGCAUAUACAGAGCUAAACAAUAAAUAUAAUAGUGAAGGUGCCCCACAUAGUCAAAUAUUGUCUGCUUUAUCAAUUGAUUAUAAUAAUUUAAAAAAGGAACGUGAUAAUAUUCCAUCCCUUCCAGAGAAAAAAACAACACAAGAUAAUGUGCAAAGUUCUAAAGAUAACUCUGAACAAAUUUCUGGACAAUUUUCUGGACAAUUUUCUGAAGAUACGUCAUCAAGUUCAUCGAUAGGAAACAAAUUAUUUACAGUUUUAUCGAUAUUUGGUGCAAUAGCAUUUUUGUUGGGAAUUUCUUAUAAGUAUUCGUUAUUUGGAUUUCGGAAACGAGCUCAAAAACAACAUUUAAGAGAAAAAAUAAAAAAUAUAAAGAAGAGAAUGAAUUAUUAA